AUGGCGACCAACAAAAGCGCACACAGCAGCUCAUCCCCUAGCUCGUCGCGCUCGCGCUCCAAAGAUAGCCGCGCCGCUACCUCCACGCCUCCCAGCAGCCUCACGUCCUCACGCCGCCCAAGCGAUACUAAGACCACUGCCAUCGCGGACCGUACGUUGACCAAGGAGACCGCCAAAGCCACCAUACUCCGCUCCAUUGGCAAGGCCGCCGAGAACAAACUAUUCGAGCACGGUUUCGGAGGCGGACCACUAAAUCCUAAGUUCAACGAACUCAAGAACCUCAAACGAUAUCCAGACGUGAACGUCGACGGCAACGGAUUCGACUGGGAACGGGCAAAAGACUCUGAAAGAGUGCAAGAACUGUAA